GCGUUUGACGAGCUCUGAAAGUCUCCUUUAAAAAAAUAUCCGGCAAAAUAAAAUGAAUCCGUUUCAUUUUAUUUAUUCUGAAGAAGCUUUAAUUUGUUUUACAAACGGAUCUUUUUUUUUUUAAAGGAGACUGAACUGAGACGUGAAAGGAUUCGUUCAGAAAUUAAAAAAAUAAUAAAAAAAUUAAACACAAGCCCAGAAUAAAUAAAAAAAGAUCCGUAAUAAUAAAAAUAAUAAGUAAAUAAAAACCAUAAGCUCGGUUCAGAGUUCCGUUUUAUUUUCAUGUGAUUUCAGAUUUCCAGACUCGAGGAUCCGUGAAAAGACUCCGUGGAGGUGGGAACUUUUUGCAGCGUGCACGGCAUUGGUGGAUGUGUGUGUUUCCCUGUGCGUCAUGAUUGGCUGAGCGCGCGGAGGAUGCCUUAAUAUUUAAUACUAAUGUUCCCCUGGUUGGCUGAGGACUGGAAAGGUCCAACCAAUGUUUUUUUCCGUGCUUUAGUGGCUGUGGCUCCCUAAUUAAUUGCAGCUAUCUGUCUCCUAUCGAUGUGUGUGUACAUGUGUGUUGUGUGUGUGUGUGUGUUUCCUCUUUUCUCCCCAAACCGAACAUGAAAUAGUUUGUUGGGCUAUACUUUCUUUCUUCCUAUCUAUCCCCCCUUCCUUCCUUCCCGUCCUGGUUCGCAGGCAGAGGCAGGACAGAUUGAGACCCAGCUGUGUUCGUCGCUUUUGCUCGUUGCCAUUUUCCCCCCUCAUUGCCCGGUGAUGUUGGAUAUGGGAGAGCGCAAAGAGGUGAAAAUGAUUCCGAAAUCGUCGUUCAGUAUAAACAGUUUGGUGCCGGAGGCCGUGCAAAGCGACAACAACAACCACCAGAACCAGCACCACCACCCGAACCAGCACCACCACCAGAACCAGCACCAGCACCACCAGAACCACCACCACCACCGGCCCGGAGGCGCGGACGACGCCGAGCACAAGGCUCCUCUCCCGGCGGCGCAGCCCGACAAAGCGGAGCCCAAGAGUGACUCCUCGAGCCAGGAGAGCAGCCCGGAGGAGAAGGAGAAGCAGCAGCAGCAGCAGGAGGAGAAGAAGGACGGGAAGGACGCGGACGGAGGCGCCGGAGGGAAGGACGGGGAGAAGAAGAGCGGCAAGUACGAAAAGCCUCCGUUCAGCUACAACGCGCUGAUCAUGAUGGCGAUCAGGCAGAGCCCCGAGAAGAGGCUCACCCUGAACGGCAUCUACGAGUUCAUCAUGAAGAACUUCCCGUACUACCGGGAGAACAAGCAGGGCUGGCAGAACUCCAUCCGACACAACCUCAGCCUCAACAAAUGCUUCGUCAAGGUGCCGCGGCACUACGACGACCCCGGGAAGGGGAACUACUGGAUGCUGGACCCGAGCAGCGACGACGUGUUCAUCGGCGGGACCACCGGGAAGCUCCGGCGGCGCUCCACCACGUCCCGGGCUAAGCUGGCCUUCAAGCGGGGAGCGCGGCUGACCUCCGGGCUGACCUUCAUGGACCGGGCCGGCUCCCUGUACUGGCCCAUGUCCCCCUUCCUGUCCCUGCACCACCCCAGAGCCGGCAGCGCCCUGGGCUACAACGGCACCUCCUCUGGAUACCCGGCCCACCCCAUGUCCUACAGCACCAUGCUCACCCAGAACAUGAGCAACAACCACUCGUCGUUCCCGUCCUCGAACGGGCUGAGCAUGGACCGCCUGGUCAGCGGGGACCUCCCCUACGCCACGCACCACCUGACGGCGGCGGCCCUGGCGGCCUCGGCGGUGCCUUGCGGCCUCUCCGUGCCUUGCUCCGGGGCCACCUACUCCCUGAACCCCUGCUCGGUGAACCUGCUGGCCGGACAGACCAGCUACUUUUUCCCCCACGUCCCACACCCGUCCAUGACCACGCAGGCCAGCGGCGGCUCCUUGCAGGCCGCCCGGGCUUCGGCCUCCAAUUCCCCGCAGGCUCCGUCCUCGUCCUCGCUGCCCUGUGACUCUCUGAGGCCGGCUCUGUCCGGCUCUCUGCCGGCCUUCUCCUCGGGACUUUCGGGGGGGCUGUCUGACUAUUUUACGCACCAGAACCAGGGCUCGACCCCCAACCCGCUUAUACACUAACACCCCCCAAAAAAGCCCGAGCCCCAGCCUCACCCCUCCACCUGACCUCACCCUCCAUCCCUCCAUCCAUCCUUCCAUCCCUCCCUCCCUCCCGCCCUCCAUCCCUCCAUCCAUCCUCUCAUCGCCCCUGAAGGAGUGAAAAUCUAAAAGUGACUGGAACUGUGAGUUGAACAUUUUCCACUGACUCUGUACAAAAUGACUAAAUGAUUCUAAACUAGAGAAAAAAAGAGGAGAGAAAAAAGCAGCACUGAGAAACUGACAGAAAGCAGCCCUGAAGUUUCCAGGUAUUUUUUAAUAUUAUUAUUAUAUUAUUAUUAUUAUAUUAUUAUUAUCAUUAUUAUUAUUAUUAUUAUUAUUACUAUUAUUCUCUUCUCCUUCUUCUUCUUCUGCAGUUUGGAUCUGUGUGUACAUACUGUCUGUUCCUAUAAGUGUCCGGGGUUUGUCUCUGUAUAGUUGUGUCAGUCAGCGACGUGCAAUGUUACAAAACGAGAGAGAGACGAGCUGUAGUGUUUCUGUUUCUGGUCCCGGUCCCGGUCCUGGUCCUGGUCCUGGUCCUGGUUCUGGGGGACGAGGCUUGACUCUGUAGAGAAUGUAUUUAAAAUAGUUUGCUCUAAUUCUGAGAUUUAAAAAGUGAAUAAUAAUGGUGAUAAUAAUAAUGAUGAUGAUGAUGAUAAUAAUAAUGAUGAUGGUGAUGUCUGUAGGAGCUCGUGCAGCCGCAUGUGUUGCAGUAUUAUCAGGUCUCGUGCGGUCUGGUUGCAGAAGAAGCGGCGCAGAGAUUUUUAUUUGAUAAAAUUUAAACACUAAUUUCUGUUUCUAUUUUUGUUUCCUAUCCAGUGAAUGUGUUAUUUUCUUCUGGCUCCAGUUCAUUCUUUCAUUUAUUUCCUGUCUAAAACAGUUUCUAGACCAAAGAAUCGGUUUUUAGGAAAUCUAGUCAGUAUUCAAUGACAGGCCUGCUGGGGUGAGAUGAGUGGAUGAAUGGAUGAGUGAGUGAGUGAACGAGUGAGUGGAUGAAGGAGUGGAUGGUGCCUCCUUCACUGCAGAAAAUGUCCAUUUAAACGAGAUUUUUAUUGCUGCUUGUUUUAAGUUUCCAGUUAUUUUUCUUAAAUUAGAGGAUUUUUGAAUGGAGUUUGGUUUGCGCCGAUUUUUUAAAAUUUCAUCGAGGCUUUAUUUGUUGGUGCAGCCUCUAAAAUCCACAGUUUACGGCUGAAGGUCUCGUUUAGUGUCUGGAUGUUUCCCGCAGCGCGGCCUGUCAAGUUCUUUCUUUCUUUCUUUCUUUCUUUCUUUCUUUCUUUCUUUCUUUCUUUUCCUCUAAACGUGAAUGCCGACAUAAAAAAGAAAAAACGAACCCGGACGCUCACGCUUCUUCUUCUUCUUCUUC